AUGCUGAACUACAUUGUAAAUGAUAUUGCCUCCUACGAAAAAGUAGGCAAAAUUGGCGAGGUUGACAAGCGGGUGAUUUUAGACGAUGUGAAUAAACUCCUCCAGCAUUUACAGGUCAACCCAACGGCUCCUCCGCCGUCUCCCCCGGCUCAUGGUGACUCAAAUAUUGCUCCCAAAGGAGGCGACCAUAGCACUCCUUCAACCGUUUCUCCCAGCGGAUCUACGCGGAACUUGGGUCGAUUUCACACUUUCGGCAGCCGGGUUCGCCGUUCCUCUAGGAAAUCCUCCUCCAGCGGUCCAGAAACCACUCCUGCAGAUAUGCCGACUUAUGCCAUGUACCGAGACGUGGAGGCCGCUCGACUCAAUAUGAAACACAAUGCGGCUUAUCACGUCCUCGCUAAAGGCAAGGAUUGUUGUAUCAUGCGUCCAGGCGAGGUACAUCAGCCGGUCGAUAUGCAGAUCGUGUCAACUAACAAUCCGUCCACUGUGAUACGCUGUACGUUGACCACAGACGUUGAACGAAGCGACCUAAUAUUAUGGCGACAGCAGAUUAAUAUCGAGCGGGAUAAUUUUCUUUUUGAACCGCGAAAGGGUAUCAAGUCUUUGGAUCGGUUGAUACAAACACAGGGUCCCGUGGAAAUUGAUAUUCCAGGAAAAAUUCAGGUGCAAUAUGUUCGUUUUCAUGGGAAAUUGAUCUAUAUGACCUGUGUGAUUUCUCAAUCCGGUAACACAGAAGGAGGACCAUCAUGUUCGACAAACUCCUUAAAUUCUGACUACGGUCUUAUUGUCUGCUGUAGUGCGGCUGGAUUAAACAAGGCCGAUAACUUCGAUACCGAUUCGACGGAAUCCACGGAAGGAGAAAAGGGAAAUUUUCCCAUGCUUGAUGUAUCAGUCCGGUUCGAAAGGGAUAGUGUUGGCCAGGAGCGUCUAGAACACCCUGUGCUUUUUGGAAUUGACAUUGACCACACGACCGGAGACAUCUACGCGGCUCAACCGGCUAACGGGAUGAUAUGUCGUGUUUCGGCGCUGAAUUUGCAGAAGGUUACCGGUACUUGGUAUUUGAAUGAACCAAGGCUUUCCCCAUAUUUUCUAUGUUACGCACGUUCAUCUAUUUGGGCAACGUGUCCAAGAGAGGAUAAAAUUAUCAUAUUGGACCUGGAGACGGAUGGAUUUCAUCAUUUCUCACCUAGUGUCUCUUUCGGGAUCACUCCGUCGCACAUAGUGCAUACAACCGACGCGCGAAUCGUGCUGCUGGAUCAGAACCAAUCGCGUCUGUACUGGAUCACAAAAGUUCACACAACCAUUUGUGUGCAAAGUUUGGAUGUGCAUUUUACACACCGACUUCGUCGUCAAUUUAUGGCUAUCCAACCAGUCGAUGAUGCCGUCACUCAUGUGGUCUCCAACGCGUCCGGGAUGAAAUCGCCUCUCCUUGGGGGUAUUUUGUGCGCACAUGAUUAUGGGUGCUCACUGAUCUAUCCAAAACGAGAGGUGGCUCGAUCUAAACCGAUCCGGGCUUCAUGUUUACGGCUAUGUGCCCUGUGA